CACCAGCACCAUUGACUGUGACACUCUCCACGAAAAAGCUUCACGUGCUCCUCACGUGUCACACCUUCUAGUAAACCUUACGCCAUUGGCAACGACAGCGUUUGGAAAACGAGGUCAAGGUCUUAUUAACGAUUUCGAAUUUUUGUUAUAACAUCUUGUAAUAUUUGCAAACUUGAGGGUAUUUUAACAAAUAUUUCUGAAUUAAGGUUAUUUUAACGAAUUUUACUUAAUUAAGGGUAGUUUAACGAUUCACUUUCGCGUUUUUGUUGACGAAAAUGGAGCAACCAACAUCGCCGGGAACAAAGUCGGUGAAUCUCCGUGAAUGUAUGGAAUCACUUCUAUGUUUUACUCUGCGCUCUCACUUAGACGAAACCGUUCCAAGUUUCGAUCUUGAUCUGACCAGAGAUUUUUGCCUUCAUCUCCUCGAGGAAGAUACAGAUUCAACUGAAAAACCAGCGGUGUAUAAGCUUCUAGCAAGGGCUCUGUCUGAAUGUCUAGCUUCCGAGGGUGCUAAUAAAAAUUCUAACUUGGAGAAAUACAGCAAACUGUUUCAUGGCUUGGGACAUGACUUAGUACAUAUGUUGAAGAAGGUCAACUUUGAGCUUCAUGUCCAAGAGCCUUACUUCACACAAUUGAAAGAUGGUCUGAAAACUGUUGAAGGAAGAUGUGCAGUGGGAGACUACAUGAGAAUUAGUUCAGGAGCUUUUAUUUUGUUCAAUAAAUGCUUGCUGCUUGAAGUUCAGGAUGUUCAUCAUUAUACUUCAUUCUCAGAAAUGCUGAGACUGGAGGGUCUUGCCAAAGUUCUUCCUGGAGUUGAGAGUAUAGAAGAAGCAGGUGUUAAAGUUUACAGAAACUUUUACUCUGAAGAGAAGGAAAGAUUGAACGGUGUUGUAGCCAUUCGUGUUGCAAAACCAGCUAUUCAGCCUUAUGCAGCUUUGGCAGGAGUAUUGUCUGAACUAAAGUCCACUGGGAUCAGAAGUCUAUUGGAUGACUAUACAGCCGCAAUUACCUUAUAGCUCCAUUUGAAUUCACUUUGAGUGCAAAAAAACUUGGAUGUUGUAUGUAUCUUAAAUACAGAAGAUGACCAUCGUUUCUUA